AAAACAAAAAAAAAAAAUUAAUCAUCACACAAAAAAAAAAGUAGGCAGCUUAUGAAACCAAAAGUAAUGAUGUAUCUCUCUCAAUUUGGCGCGUAGUCUUUGUUGUCCGUAUUGCGCUCUAUCUCCUCUCCACUCCAGCACCAAUCAUAAUCGCAAUUGUCUUUUUUCCCAUACUGUAGAAAAAUGGAAUGGGGCUUCUGAAAGUGCAGAGUUGUUCGUGAAGAAGAUAAAAAGCAAAGCAACAAUUCGUUCGUCGCUAUUUGCGGUUCCACUUUGCUUUGAAAAGAGAGAAUUAAGGAUUUGCAUUUAUCUAUUUAUAUCAUAUCUUCAAUCAUGGCAACGUCUCCGUUUAUUCACGCGCGUUGUUCUUACUCUCCUCGAUUUUCCAAUUUCAUCAACAACAAUAACAACAACAACACUGCUUCACAAUUACCACAAAACCCUCUUCUACCUUCUUCAUCUUCUUCUUCUUCCAAUUCCGGUCUCAAUUUUCCUUCUGGUACAAACAGUGGACAGAGACACCAGGGCCUUAGAGCGCAAGCUAUGAGUACCACCGCUAAUGAAAGUUCUAUUUCUAGCAAGGGAAAUUCUAGGAAUCACCCAGAUCAUCUCCUUGUUCUUGUUCAUGGUAUCUUGGCAAGUACAGCGGAUUGGACUUAUGCAGAAGCAGAGUUGAAAAGGCGCCUUGGAAAGAACUUUCUAAUUUAUGUAAGUUCAUCAAAUACUUAUACUAAGACGUUUACUGGGAUUGAUGGAGCUGGAAAGCGAUUAGCUGAUGAAGUCUUGCAAGUUGUCAAAAAGACAGAGAGUCUGAAAAGAAUCUCCUUCCUAGCCCACUCUUUAGGAGGCUUGUUUGCUAGAUAUGCAAUUGCUGUCCUUUACAGCACAGCAGGAAAUUCCCAAAGUACAAGCUUUUCAAAAGGAGGGAUGAUUGCUGGGUUGGAGCCAAUCAAUUUUAUUACUUUAGCAACUCCGCAUCUAGGUGUGAGGGGAAAAAGGCAGCUUCCAUUUCUGUUGGGCGUCCCAAUACUAGAAAAGCUUGCUGCACCUAUGGCUCCUUUAUUUGUUGGUCGGACUGGUAGCCAGUUGUUCCUUACUGAUGGUAAACCUAACAAACCACCUCUUCUGUUGAGAAUGGCUUCUGAUUGUGAAGACGGAAAGUUUCUAUCUGCACUUGGAGUAUUUAAAUGCCGCAUUGCUUAUGCCAAUGUUUCGUACGAUCAUAUGGUUGGGUGGCGCACUUCCUCAAUAAGAAGGGAAAUGGAGCUCAGUAAGCCACCUCGCCAAUCUUUAGAUGGAUACAAGCAUGUGGUUGAUGUUGAAUAUUACCCUCCAGUUCCUUCUGAUGGCCCUCAGUUUCCACCAGAAGCAGUGAAAGCAAAGGAAGCGGCACAAAAGGCGCCUGAUACCCAGAAAACUACGGAGUAUCAUGAAAUCGUUGAAGAGGAGAUGAUACAGGGAUUACAACAGUUGGGAUGGAGAAAAGUUGAUGUCAGCUUUCACUCAUCAUUUUGGCCUUUCUUUGCUCAUAACAACAUUCAUGUCAAAAAUGAAUUGUUUCACAAUGCUGGUGUAGGAGUAAUUGCUCAUGUAGCUGAAAGCUUAAGACAACAAGAAGCGUCGUCAAUACUGGCUGCUAGCUUGUAACUAGUGUAUGUAAUUACACUAUGCCAGGGAGAUAUGACUAAACUGCACAGUACAGGAUGAAAAAUUCAGUCUUUAAUUUUUGGCGUCACCAAUAUAUUUACAACAUUUCACUGUGGUCAUAUACGCAUUUAAGCAUGAGUUUACAACAAAAAAUAUAAUGAAAGCAUAUAGUAGUUUUACUUGAUUGUAAUUAUUAUGUAACUUAGUAGAAUGAAUCAUUAUCACACCAAUGAAAUGUUUUAUGUGUAUUAAGAUGACUGACUGGUAUUGAAAGAAUUCUUAUUGGCAUUUGGAAGAAGUAGGAUAUACCUUUGAGCUUCUUCA